AUGGCUACGCAGUCCAAGUUUGCCCUCCCGGGCAACGUCAACGUCCGCGGCCUCGCCACGCAGCUCGUCAAGCUCUACGUCGCCAACCGCUCACGCAUCUCCCGCGCCGUCUGGAUUACCCUCUUUGUCGCGCUCAUCCACCGCAUCCGCAACGCCAUUGCCGAGCAAAAGGCCGCCUCGGCCCGGGAAUCCGCCCAACGCUCGUCGCGCCGCGCCACCGUCUCCCAGCCCGGCGAUGCCAGCGGGCCCGAUGCGCCGCGCAAAAAGGUGGCGCUGGACCGCGAGUUUUUUCGCUCUCUCAUGCGCCUGAUUCGCAUCGUCGUGCCGGGCUGGCGCAGCAAGGAGGCGCGGCUGCUCAUCAGCCACAGCUUCUUCCUGGUGCUGCGCACGCUGAUUAGUCUCAAGGUCGCGGAGAUGGACGGUGCGAUUGUCAAGGCGCUUGUGCGCGGCAACGGCAAGGAGUUCAUCUCGAGGAUUGUGUGGUGGAUGAUUAUUGCGGUUCCUGCUACAUUUACGAAUUCCAUGCUUUCCUAUCACCAAGCGGAGUUGUCGCUUAAUUAUAGAACACGACUCACUCAGUUCAUUCACGACAAAUACCUCUCCAACCUCACCUUUUACGGCAUUUCAGCUCUCGAUGACCGUAUAAAGAAUCCCGAUCAGCUUAUUGCAGUCGACGUGUCCAAAUUCUCCAACAGCUUGGCUGAGCUCUACAGCAACCUGGCCAAGCCUAUACUUGACAUGACCAUCUACACCUACUCCCUCUCCAAGAGCGUUGGCGGUGAGGGCGUCGUCUUCAUGUCACUCCUCGUCCAGCUCUCCGCCAACGUGAUGCGGAUCCUGACGCCGCCCUUCGGCAAGUACGUGGCCGACGAGGCGCGCCUCGAAGGCGAGUUCCGAUUCCAGCACUCGCGUCUCAUCGACUACGCCGAGGAAGUGGCCCUCUACAACGGUCACACGGCCGAAAAGGACACGCUCGACAAGGGCUACUUUACGCUCAUCAAGCACGUCAACUACAUCCUGCGCCGCCGCUUCUACCACGGUUUCAUGGAGGAUUUCGUCAUCAAGUACUUUUGGGGCGCCCUCGGCCUUGUCCUCUGUUCCGUACCUGUCUUUGUCAAGCUGCCCGGCGCCCAACCCGGCAUGAACAUGGGCGACCGCACCGAGUCGUUUGUCACCAACCGUCGCAUGCUGCUCUCCGCCUCGGACGCUUUUGGGCGCAUCAUGUUCUCGUACCGUGAAAUCAUGGAGCUCGCGGGCUACACCUCGCGUGUGGACUCGCUGCUCAACGUCAUGGACGAUAUCCAGUCAGGUCACUUUGAGAAGAAUCUAGUAUCCUCGUCUGGGACCGAGAACAACGAAGCUGUACUCAAGGGCCGCGGCACCAUCCACGAGAGCAAGGACAUAUCCUUUAUUGACGUGCCCAUCGUCUCGCCCAACGGCGAUGUUCUUGUCGAGGCGCUAACCUUUUCCAUCAAUCACGGCGACCAUCUCCUCGUCGUCGGCCCCAACGGCUGCGGCAAGUCAUCUCUCUUCCGCAUUCUCGGCGGCCUGUGGCCCGUGUAUGGCGGCACCGUGCACAAGCCGCCCUUUACCUCCAUCUUUUACCUGCCGCAACGGCCCUAUCUCUCGCGGGGCUCGCUCCGGCAGCAAAUCAUCUAUCCGGACUCGCUGCGGCAGAUGCGGCAGCGGGGCGCAACCGAUGCGGACCUGCUCGCCAUCCUCAAGACGCUCGAUCUGGCGCACCUAGUGGACCUGUACGACGAGGGCUGGGACGCCGAGGCCGAGUGGCGCGACGUGCUGUCGGGUGGCCUGCAGCAGCGCGUCGCCAUGGCGCGCCUGUUUUACCACCGACCAAAGUACGCCAUCCUCGACGAGUGCACGAGCAGCGUCACCCUCGAGACGGAAAAGGUCAUGUACGAACAUGCAAAGGCGCUCGGCAUCACGCUCAUGACGGUCAGCCACCGCCGCAGCCUGUGGAAGUACCACACGCACAUUCUCCAGUUUGACGGCCAGGGACACUACGUCUUUACGAAGCUGGAUGCGGACAAGCGACUGAAGCUUGAGGAUGAGAAGGAGGACUUGGAUAUCAAGCUGCGGCAGGUGCCCGAGCUGGAGAGACGCAUGGCGGAGCUCACAUCAUAG